AUGCUGAGUCAAGAUUGUAAGCAAGAAGAUACAUAUGUUGUUGCAUUUAUAAAUUCAUUUUGGGAUAAUUUUGUUAUCAAUUUCAAUUCUGAAACCUUACUUUUGGUGUGUAGCAGAACUGGAAUUUCACUUUUCCAGGUCAAUUCAAUAAAAUUAAUGUUCACUUCAUUGGUUUUUACUGACCCUCAGCAAUAUUAA